AUCAAAGGGCAAAGAAAAAGAAAAAUCUUUAACGUCGCCCUUCCACGAAAUCAGGCCCAGCAGCAGCAGCGAACGAGAACUCCCGUCUUCAGACGCAACCGCGAAAAUAUCCGGCCGACUCGCCGGAGAGGAGGAGAGAGAAGGCAUCGCCGGCCGCCGGCGGAGAUUCCGACGACCCAGCAAUCGUGCGAUGGCGUGCUGCCGGGCCCUCGCGCUCCGCUCGCUCCUCGUCCCCGACCACCCCCGCGCCGCCGGUCGCGCCACCUCCGCUGCUGCUCCGGCGGCGGGGACCCGGGCCAGCCCCCGCAGGAGGCCGUGCUCGAGGCCAUCUCCAAGGUAGCCAGGUCUAAAGGAAGGGUUGCACUCACAACAAACAUGGUCCUUGGUGGCACUGUGACAGAUGAUGCAAGUGAUGAAUGGCUUGUUCUGGAUCAGAAGGUAAAUUCAUACCCCACAAAUAGAGGAUUUACAGCAAUUGGUACUGGAGGUGAUGAUUUUGUCCAGUCAAUGGUUGUUGCGGUUGAAUCUGUUCUUCAAGAACCCAUUCCCAAGGGCCAGGUGUCUCAUAAAUUGUCAUCUAGGGGGAAGUAUGUUUCUGUAAAGAUUGGACCAAUUCGUGUAGUUUCCAGCGAGCAGGUCCAAGCCGUGUAUCGUGCCAUGAGAAGUGAUAAUAGGAUGAAGUAUUUCUUAUGAACUGAAAUAAUACGCCAUGUAUAUUCCAUAUUUCCGUCCAUGUUGUUUCAUCAUCAUCCUACUGCAUUCUGGCAUGCUUGCUGGGAGCCUUUGUAAAUCGAAGAGGAAUAGGGAGGACCCUUUUUGUGACAUCAGAGCCCAACCAGAAACGGCUCCAACGCAUGCGCUACAAUGUAACAAGUUAUUAGUCUGUAGCAUAGAGAUCACGAUUAGCUAAUGUGUAUUGUUUUAUGUUGCAUGUUUAUCGAUUUAAUAAAAGGAAAUAAAUAUGCAUGUUACCACUUCAUAGCUUUUUUAUGGAAGCAUGUGUGAGAAAUCUCUGUAUGUUUAGCAGGCGAGAUGCUCCUAAACUUUUUUAACAGACGUUUUGAAGCUUGCUGCUAGACAACUUGGCAGAGCGUCAUACUGGUAUUCUGUACAUUCUUCGAUACAGUGAUGUGUAUACAGAAUGGCACACAUGCCCAAAAUUUGUUCUA